AUGACUCAGCUCUCAACUACUCUGCACUUUGUGGGGAUUAGCGGAGGCAUGUGGCAGACAAACAUCGCCGCUAAUGAGCACAGAAACUACAUUUAUCACCCCGAGAGCCGAGGAAGGCGUCACGGCUUCUCGCCUCCCAGCUCCCCCCAGCCCCGCAGCCUGAGCGUGGGCCGCUCCACCGCCGCCUCUCCUGCUUGGGCUUCCCGCUGUGGACCAUGUGUGAGUGUCUGCGUGGAAUAUUCAGAGUCACCUGGACGCCUUCCUCUGAUGCAGCUGCAGUGUGAUGGUCACAGGAUCCACUUGGCCUCCAGCUCCGAGCUCAACCCUCAGCCUGACUCUGACAGAGACCAAGAGGACAGCCAUGUUUUCAACCAGAGCAGAGAUCCAGCCGUAAAAGAUAAGAGGCGGUCGCCCCCGUCUAGCAGAUCCCCCUCCGCCCCGCAGAGAAACCCUCACAGCAGCGCCGCCGACGAGCAGGAGAGUCCAGAGAGAGUGGUACAGAAGGAAAAGCUUCAUGCAGAGUUGAAGCAGGUGUUGAGUCAGAAAAGAAGUCAUCUAAGAGAGUCGACGUGCCAACUGGCCCAACCAGAGAUGGACUCGGAGCCAACAGACGAACAGACGAGUGCGGAGGAAGCCUCGAAGUCGGUGGAGAUCGUGGUGGAGACGGAGGCCGAGGCUGGAGCCAGCGGCUACAGUGUGACUGGUGGAGGAGAACGAGGCAUCUUUGUCAAAGACGUCCUCAAAGACUCUCCAGCUGCUAAACACCUCAGUCUACAGCAAGGUGACCAGUUGCUGAGUGCCAAAGUCUACUUUGACAAUGUGAGGUAUGAAGACGCUCUGAAGAUCCUUCAGUGUGCAGAACCCUACAAGGUCAGCUUCCAGCUGAAGAGAACCAUCCCUGGAGCCGAGAUCUGCAUCCGGCCUCGAGUCCCCAGCGUGGAGGUCAAAGGUCCCAAAGCCAAGAUGGCCAAAAUGAGUGUGAAGGGCACCAAGCCGUUCAAGGCCAAGAAGAAGAGAGGCGGUCGCUUUGGUCUGAAGAGGCUGAAGGAGAAGCACCGGGAGGAGCUGGUGAUCGAAGGGACGCCUCCCAGGCUAGAGAAGAGCGACGUGGACGUGGAGUUUUCUCUGCCGAAGUUCAAACAGAGGAAGAGUGCAAAGGUGGAAGCAGAAGGAGCAGUGGGAAAGGCAAAGAGGAGGAUUAGGUUCCCCCGAAUGAAAACCAAAGGAUACGCUGGAGCAGAGACAGAAGCAAAAAUGGAAACGGGACGAUUUGAGGGACAAGUGGAUGUCUCUCCAUCUGAAAUACCUGGAGCAAAAGUGAAAACCAAAGCCAAAGGAAACAAGUUUGGGAUCACAUUUCCUAAGACCAAACAUGCAAAGUCAGGCUCUUCUUUGGAAACAGUGGAAGUGAAGCCUCCGAGUAUAAACAUCCAGCCGCCAUCGGUGGAGUUUGGUUGGUCCGGUGAUAAAGCCGUGGACUUGGAGAAGGGAGGUGCUAAACUUAACUCGCCUGACGUGGAGUUCGCUGUCCCAUCAGGGAAAGCAGAAAUCAACGCUCCUAAAGUGGACAUUAAAGGAGGAGUUGAUGCAGCUGAAGGAAAAGUAGAUUCAAAGCUCCGAAUGCCGAAGUUGAAACUACCGAAAGUUAGACUCUCGCGUCAUUCGAAUGAGAUCGAUGGUGACAUAAAGUUAAAAGCUGAAGGGAUGAAAAUGCCAGACAUAAAACCUCCAAAGGUAGAAAUCAGAGGAGAUGGGGAGGCAAGUAUCACCAAACCAAAGCUGGAAGGUGAUCUCUCAGGAAAAGCUGCGUCUAUUCAAAUGCCCUCUGUUGAUAUUUCUUUACCAAAAGUGAAGGGAAAAGCUGAUGUUUCGCUCCCAGAGUGCGACGGAGCUGGAAAGACAUCGCUCAACAUGCCUGCCAUUGACAUCUCUGUGCCAGAUGUUGACUUGGAACUGGAUGCUGGACGGAGGAUUCCGGAUGAGGUGGAGGGAACUUUUAAAGGGCCCAAAAUCUCCAUGCCAAAGGUUGGUAUCUCGCUACCGAAGAAGGAGUCACCUGAUGUGGACGUUGAAUGUCCAGAAGGUGGAGGGAAGUUCAACCUACCUUCUGUUGACAUCUCUCUCCCUAAGAUGACAUCGGAGGUAGAAGACGUCAAUAUGGACCUUUUUGUUGGCGGAGAUGGAAAGUUCAAAAUGCCUGAUUUUGACAUAUCACUCCCAAAAAUGAAGUCACCAGAAGGAGAAGUAAACAUAAGCAGACCGGAAGUGGAAGGAGGUUUCAAGUUGCCCAAAGUGGACUUGACACUUCCCAAAGGCAAAGUAGGAAUGACUGAUAUCGAAGGGGAAGGAAAGUUUCAGUUGCCAUUAUUUGACAUCUCGUUACCAAAAAUGAAGACAGGUGAUGCUGAAAGUGGUAAAUUUGAAAUUCCUGCACUUGAUAUUUCCCUACACAAAGGCAAAAUGGAAGGGGAUAUCGAAGUAGAAGGGCAUGCUGAGAAGGGUGGAAAAUUCAAAAUGCCUGCUAUUGAUGUCUCUCUGCCAAAGAUGAAAAAGCCAGAAGGUAAUGUGGACAUAGAAGAAUCUGAGCUUGAUCUGCCUUCUGUUGAUAUUUCUCUACCUAAAGGAAAGCUGGAGAGUGACACUGAACUUGAAGGUCCGUCUGCAAAAGGAGGGAAAUUUAAAAUUCCUUCACUCAAUGUUAAACUCCCUAAGAUAAGAACAUCUGGAGCUGAUGUUGACCUAAAAGGACCUGAGAUUGAAGUGCCAUCAGUAGAUAUUUCUCUUCCAAAAGGUAAACCAAAGGGUGAAGUUGAAAUUGAGGGAAGAGGAGGCAAGUUUAAAAUGCCAUCGUGUGAUAUAUCUCUUCCAAAAUUAAAGUCACCCGAGGGGGAAUUUGCUUUGGAGGGACCAGAAAUCGAAGGUGGAAAGAUUGAGAUGCCUGCAGUCGAUAUUUCUCUUCCACAAGGAGGCAUAGAGGGACAGUUUGACACUGGCGGCAGUGUAGUAAAAGGAGGUAAAUUCAACAUGCCCUCUGUGGACAUUUCCCUCCCAAAAAUGAAGCUACCUGAAGCAGAAAUGGAGCAAGAAGGCCCAAAUGUGGACUUUUCCAAGCCAAACAUUGAGGGCAACGUGGAACUCAAGGGCAUCGGUGGCGGCGGAAAGUUUAAGAUGCCAACUUUUGACGUCUCUCUUCCGAAGAUGAAAGGGGGAGAAGUUGAUAUUGAAGGACCUGACGUCAAAGGAGGGACAUUCCAGAUGCCUUCUUUAGAUGUGUCACUGCCACAGAUCAAAACACAAGGAGCUGACUUUAAAUCGCCUGAGAAAGGUGAGAUUAAAGGAGGGAAAACUGACAUGCCUUCAAUUGAGAUCUCUCUUCCAAAAGCGGAAGGUACAUUGGAUAUUGAAGGACAAACGGGCAAAGGAGGAAAGUUUAAGAUGCCUUCAUUUGACGUAUCCCUACCAAAGAUGAAGAUGCCUGAGGGAAAUGUUGGCCUUGAGGGACCUUCUGAUGACAUCUCACUUCCAAAGGGAAAAGCCAAAGGUGACAUAGAAACUAAAAGUAAAGGACAUUUUCAUAUGCCCUCAAUUGAUGUUUCUCUCCCAAAAAUAAAAACAAAACGAGGUGACGUCAACAUCAAGGGUCCAGAAAUUAAAGGUGGGGAAAUAAAAAAGCCAACUAUUGACAUCUCACCCCCUCAAGGCACAUUCGAAGGUGAUGUAACUUUUGAAGGUGAAGGAAAAUGUGGCAAAUUCAACCUUCCAUCUGUAGACAUCAACCUUCCUGCAGUGGAAUUUCCAGAAGGGGAUCUGAACUUUCAAGGUCCAAAAGUCAAAGGCGGAAAGUUUGAAAUGCCAAAAGUCGACCUCUCACUUCCUAAAGGAAAAGCAAAAAGAGAUAUUGAUAUUGACAUUCGCUCUGGGAAAGAUGGGAAUAUUGAAAUUCCAUCCCUUGACGCUGAGCUUCCUAAAGGAAAAAUCAAAGCUGACAUAAAUGUUGAAGGUCCUGAAGGAAAAACAGGAAAAUUCAAAAUGCCCAAAUUUGAUGUUUCCCUUCCAAAGAUGAACCUGCCAGAGGGCAACGUAAAAGUGGAAGGACCAGACAUUAAGGGGAAAAUGGAGGUGCCAGAUGUUGAUAUUUCACUCCCAAAGGGAAAAAUAGGAGAUGUUGACAUUGGAGCUAAAGGAGGCAAGUUUAACAUGCCUUCAAUUAAUAUUAAUCUUCCAAAAAUAAAAUCUCCUGGUACAGAUGUCAGCCUCGAGGGCCCAGAUGUUGACAUUUCACUUCCAAAAGCAAAAGGUGAUGUUGAUAUAAAUGUUGAAUGUCCGGAGGUGAAAGGGGGAAAGACAAAAAUGCCAAAGUUUGAUAUUUCAUUACCAAAAGUAAAUUUUCCAGAAGGUGAUGUCAAAUUAAAAGCACCUGACAUGAAGGGCAGGAAGAUUGAGAUGCCAGACAUCGAUAUUUCACUCCCCAAAGGAAAAGCUGGAGGAGAAAUUGAAGUAGAAGGACCUUCUGGCAAAGGAGGCAAGUUCCAUAUGCCCUCUAUUGACAUUAAUCUUCCUAAAAUGAAAGCAAAAGGACCAGAGGUAAAUAUUGAAGGUCCUAAACUUAAAGGAGGAAAAGUCAACAUGCCAGACAUUGACAUUUCACUCCCCAAGGGAAAGGCUGAAGCUGACCUCAACCUUGAAGGUUCUGAGGUAAAAGCAGGCAAAUUCAAAAUGCCUAAAUUUGGCAUUUCAUUUCCAAAAACAAAUUUACCUGAGGGAAAUGUAGAAAUGCCAGCUGUUGAUGCUUCAUUACCAAAAGGAAAAGUAAAGGCAGAUGUUGACAUUGAAGGACACAGUGGUAAAGGAGGCAAGUUUCACUUGCCUUCAAUUGAUUUCACUCUUCCUAAAAUAAAAACAAAGGGAUCUGAUGUUGACAUUGAAGGACUGGAACUUGAAGGUGACAUUUCACUUCCAGAAGGAAAAAUUGAAGGUGACCUAAGUGUUGCCAGCCCUGAUGGAAAAGGAGGAAAGUUUAACCUGCCAACUUUUGACAUUUCACUCCCUAAAGGAAAAGUUGAGGGUGACCUUGAUGUUGAAGGUCCUGAGUUGAAGGGCAGUAAGUUUAAAAUGCCAAAGUUUGAUGUGUCUUUACCAAAAGGUCCAGACAUUAAAGGACCAAAGAUUGAGAUGCCAGACAUUGAUAUUUCACUCCCCAAAGGAAAAGUUGAAGGUGACCUUGAAGUUGAAGGUCCUGAGUUGAAGGGCAGUAAAUUUAAAAUGCCAAAGUUUGAUGUGUCUUUACCAAAAGGUCCGGACAUCAAAGGACCAAAGAUUGAGAUGCCAGACAUCGAUAUUUCACUCCCCAAAGGAAAAGCUGGAGGAGAAAUUGAAGUUGACGGACCUUCUGGCAAAGGAGGCAAGUUCCAUAUGCCCUCUAUUAACAUCAAUCUUCCUAAAAUGAAAGCAAAAGGACCAGAGAUAAACAUUGAAGGUCCAGAACUUAAAGGAGGGAAAGUCAACAUGCCAGACAUGGACAUUUCACUCCCCAAAGGAAAGGCUGAAUUUGACCUGGAUGUUGAGGGUCCUGAGGUAAAAGAAGGGAAAUUUAAAAUGCCCAAACUGGAUGUUUCACUUCCAAAGGUGAACCUGCCAGAAGGUGGUGUCAAAUUGGAAGGACCUGAUGUUAAAGGAAAAAUUGAAAUGCCAAGCAUCAAUGUCUCACUCCCAAAAGGAAAAGUAAAGGCAGAUGUUGAUGUUGAGGGAAAUACUGGUAAAGGAGGCAAGUUUCACUUGCCCUCAAUUGAUUUCUCUCUUCCUAAGAUAAAAACAAAGGGAGUUGAUGUUGAUAUUGAAGGACCUGAACUUAAAGGUGACAUUUCACUUCCAGAAGAAAAAAUUGAAGGUGACUCGAACGUCGAAGGCCCUGAGGUGAAGGGCAGUAAGUUUAAAAUGCCAAAGUUUGAUGUGUCUUUACCAAAAGAUCUGGACAUCAAAGGACCAAAGAUUGAGAUGCCUGACAUCGAUAUUUCACUCCCCAAAGGAAAAACUGGAGGAGAAAUUGAAGUUGAAGGACCCUCUGGCAAAGGAGGCAAGUUCCAUAUGCCCUCUAUUGACAUCAACCUUCCUAAAAUGAAGGCAAAACGACCAGAGAUAGAUGUUGAAGGCCCUGAAGUUAAAGGUGGAAAGUUAAAGAUGCCAUCUCUUGAUGUUUCUCUGCCUAAAAUUAAAUCUCCUGAUGUAGAUGUCAGUCUAGAGGGUCCUGAUGUUAAAGGAGGAAAGCUCAAAAUCCCAGCUGUUGAUGUUUCACUUCCAAAAGCCAAUGUUGAGGGUGACAUAAAUGUGGAAGGCCCUGAGGUGAAAGGAGGAAAGUUCAAAAUGCCCAAAAUUGAUGUUUCUUUGCCAAAAGUCAGUCUCCCAAAAUUCGAUGCCAAUGUGGAAGGACCUAAUAUGAAAGGAAAAAUCGAAAUGCCUUCUGCUGAUAUUUCACCUCCAGAGGCGAAGGCAGAUGUGGACAUUGAUGGACAAACCGGUAAAGGUGGCAAGUUUCACUUGCCCUCAGUUAAUAUUUCUCUUCCUAAAUUCAAAGCAAAGGGAGUCGAUGUUGAUAUUGAAGGACCUGACAUCAAAGGUGAUGUGUCACUCCCUAAAAUGAAGUCUCCAGAGGUAGACAUCAACCUCCAGGGUCCUAAUGUUAAAGGAGGAAAGUUUAACCUGCCAACUUUUGACAUUUCACUCCCUAAAGGAAAAGUUGAGGGUGACCUUGAUGUUGAAGGUCCUGAGUUGAAGGGCAGUAAGUUUAAAAUGCCAAAGUUUGAUGUGUCUUUACCAAAAGGUCCAGACAUUAAAGGACCAAAGAUUGAGAUGCCAGACAUUGAUAUUUCACUCUCCAAAGGAAAAGUUGAAGGUGACCUUGAUGUUGAAGGUCCUGAGUUGAAGGGCAGUAAGUUUAAAAUGCCAAAGUUUGAUGUGUCUUUACCAAAAGGUCCGGACAUCAAAGGACCAAAGAUUGAGAUGCCUGACAUCGAUAUUUCACUCCCCAAAGGAAAAGCUGGAGGAGAAAUUGAAGUUGAAGGACCUUCUGGCAAAGGAGGCAAGUUCCAUAUGCCCUCUAUUGACAUCAACCUUCCUAAAAUGAAGGCAAAAGGACCAGAGAUAGAUGCUGAAGGCCCUGAAGUUAAAGGUGGAAAGUUAAAGAUGCCAUCUCUUGAUGUUUCUCUGCCUAAAAUUAAAUCUCCUGAUGUAGAUGUCAGUCUAGAGGGUCCUGAUGUUAAAGGAGGAAAGCUCAAAAUCCCAGCUGUUGAUGUUUCACUUCCAAAAGCCAAUGUUGAGGGUGACAUAAAUGUGGAAGGCCUUGAGGUGAAAGGAGGAAAGUUCAAAAUGCCCAAAAUUGAUGUUUCUUUGCCAAAAGUCAGUCUCCCAAAAUUCGAUGCCAAUGUGGAAGGACCUAAUGUGAAAGGAAAAAUCGAAAUGCCUUCUGCUGAUAUUUCACCUCCAGAGGCGAAGGCAGAUGUGGACAUUGAUGGACAAAUCGGUAAAGGUGGCAAGUUUCACUUGCCCUCAGUUAAUAUUUCUCUUCCUAAAUUCAAAGCAAAGGGAGUCGAUGUUGAUAUUGAAGGACCUGACAUCAAAGGUGAUGUGUCACUCCCUAAAAUGAAGUCUCCAGAGGUAGACAUCAACCUCCAGGGUCCUAAUGUUAAAGGAGGAAAGUUUAACCUGCCAACUUUUGACAUUUCACUCCCUAAAGGAAAAGUUGAGGGUGACCUUGAUGUUGAAGGUCCUGAGUUGAAGGGCAGUAAAUUUAAAAUGCCAAAGUUUGAUGUGUCUUUACCAAAAGGUCCGGACAUCAAAGGACCAAAGAUUGAGAUGCCAGACAUCGAUAUUUCACUCCCCAAAGGAAAAGCUGGAGGAGAAAUUGAAGUUGAAGGACCUUCUGGCAAAGGAGGCAAGUUCCAUAUGCCCUCUAUUGACAUCAACCUUCCUAAAAUGAAAGCAAAAGGACCAGAGAUAAACAUUGAAGGUCCAGAACUUAAAGGAGGGAAAGUCAACAUACCAGACAUGGACAUUUCACUCCCCAAAGGAAAGACUGAAGUUGACCUGGAUGUUGAGGGUCCUGAGGUAAAAGGAGGCAAAUUCAAAAUGCCCAAACUGGAUGUUUCACUUCCAAAGGUGAACCUGCCAGAAGGUGGUGUCAAACUGGAAGGACCUGAUGUUAAAGGAAAAAUUGAAAUGCCAAGCAUCGAUGUCUCACUCCCAAAAGGAAAAGUAAAGGCAGAUGUUGAUGUUGAGAGAAAUACUGGUAAAGGAGGCAAGUUUCACUUGCCCUCAAUUGAUUUCUCUCGUCCUAGGAUAAAAACAAAGGGAGCUGAUGUUGAUAUUGAAGGACCUGAACUUAAAGGUGACAUUUCACUUCCAGAAGGAAAAGUUGAAGGUGACCUGAACGUCGAAGGCCCUGAGGUGAAGGGCAGUAAGUUUAAAAUGCCAAAGUUUGAUGUGUCUUUACCAAAGGUGAAUCUCCCAGAGGGUGAUGUCAAAAUAAAAGGCCCCGAUAUCAAGGGACCAAAGAUUGAGAUGCCAGACAUCGAUAUUUCACUCCCCAAAGGAAAAUCUGGAGGAGAAAUUGAAGUUGAAGGACCCUCUGGCAAAGGAGGCAAGUUCCAUAUGCCCUCUAUUGACAUCAACCUUCCUAAAAUGAAGGCAAAAGGACCAGAGAUAGAUGCUGAAGGCCCUGAGGUUAAAGGUGGAAAGCUAAAGAUGCCAUCUCUUGAUGUUUCUCUGCCUAAAAUUAAAUCUCCUGAUGUAGAUGUCAGUCUAGAGGGUCCUAAUGUUAAAGGAGGAAAGCUCAAAAUCCCAGCUGUUGAUGUUUCACUUCCAAAAGCCAAUGUUGAGGGUGACAUAAAUGUGGAAGGCCCUGAGGUGAAAGGAGGAAAGUUCAAAAUGCCCAAAAUUGAUGUUUCUUUGCCAAAAGUCAGUCUCCCAACAUUUGAUGCCAAAGUGGAAGGACCAAAUGUGAAAGGAAAAAUCGAAAUGCCUUCUGCUGAUAUUUCACCUCCAGAGGCGACGGCAGAUGUGGACAUUGACAUUGAUGGACAAACCGGUAAAGGUGGCAAGUUUCACUUGCCCUCAGUUAAUAUUUCUCUUCCUAAAUUCAAAGCAAAGGGAGUCGAUGUUGAUAUUGAAGGACCUGACAUCAAAGGUGAUGUGUCACUCCCUAAAAUGAAGUCUCCAGAGGUAGACAUCAACCUCCAGGGUCCUAAUGUUAAAGGAGGAAAGUUUAACCUGCCAACUUUUGACAUUUCACUCCCUAAAGGAAAAGUUGAGGGUGACCUUGAUGUUGAAGGUCCUGAGUUGAAGAGCAGUAAGUUUAAAAUGCCAAAGUUUGAUGUGUCUUUACCAAAAGGUCCAGACAUUAAAGGACCAAAGAUUGAGAUGCCAGACAUUGAUAUUUCACUCUCCAAAGGAAAAGUUGAAGGUGACCUUGAUGUUGAAGGUCCUGAGUUGAAGGGCAGUAAGUUUAAAAUGCCAAAGUUUGAUGUGUCUUUACCAAAAGGUCCAGACAUUAAAGGACCAAAGAUUGAGAUGCCAGACAUGGACAUUUCACUCUCCAAAGGAAAGGCUGAAGUCAACCUGGAUGUUGAGGGUCCUGAGGUAAAAGAAGGGAAAUUUAAAAUGCCCAAACUGGAUGUUUCACUUCCAAAGGUGAACUUGCCAGAAGGUGGUGUCAAACUGGAAGGACCUGAGAUGAAGGGAGGAAAGAUUGCAGUGACAACUGUUGAUAUUUCAGUUCCAUCAGGGAAAGUGGAGGGUGAUAUCAAUUUUGAAGGGCCAUCUGGAACAGGAAAGAUUAAAGGGCCAAAAGUUAAUAUUGAUAAAAAAGGUGGUGGACUCCACAUGCCAAGUCUUGACAUAAACCUGCCUAAGUUUGAUCUUGACCUCAGUCUCCCCUCUGGUCGGAAAGAUAAAGGCCUCAAAGUGGACACCGGUGCAUCAGGAGAUUUGGAAAUGCCUGGUCUCAAGGGAGGUAUUAAUCCAGCCAAGUUGAAAGUUAAGGGUGUAGACAUAGAGGCAGGUGGUGUAGAAGGUCCAGGUGCUUCCCUCAAACUCCCCACAGUCAAAUUGCCAACAGUUGACAUCUCAGCUCCAAAGGUGGAUCUCGACUUUGGCCUCAACAAACCUAAAGGUGAUGAUGUGGAAGUGGAGCUUCUGAAAGCAGAGGGAGGCAGGCCUUCUUCAGGGGGAAGCUUUGAGCUACCUGAUGUUUCCCUCAAAGCCCCCGGAUUCACUCUUCCGAGGUUUGGUGCAAAGAUAAAGAGUGGAGAUUUUGAGAUAUCAGGACCCAAAGGAGACAUUUCCCUCAGUCCACCACAUGUGGAAGGAGAGAUUAGAGCACCAUCAGUCGAGUUUGAUGGAGAUGGCAAAGUCAAGAUGAAGAAACCUAAAAUCAAAAUGCCCUCAUUUGGAUUAUCGAAAAAGGAUGCAGAUGUGUCUGUGUCUUGCCCUGAUGUAGAUGUGAAAGUGAAGAAGGGGAAAAUUGAUGUUCCAAAGCCAGAAAUCAAUAUUGAGGGUCCAGAAGACAAGUCAAAAUACAAAAUUAAGUUCCCCAAGUUUAAAAUGUCAUCACCAAAGGUUCAACUCCCAGAACGGGACGUUGAUGCUAAACUGGCAGCAGAUGCUGGAGCAAAAGGAGGCUUCCAUGGACCUGACGUUACACUCAAACUGCCAAAGUUUUCCAUGCCAGGAUUUGGCUCGAAAGAAAAAGAUUUAGGUAAGCCUAGUGGAGAUGUUGAAGCUAAGGCCAAAGUCAAGAUGCCUUCUGUUGAGCUGUCACUACCAGCAGCUAAAACACCAGAGACUGAGGUUCUUCUCCCCAAAGCAGAAGUUGAUGUUUCAGAGGCAGACAUUAAAGGAUAUGAGGGAAGCCUCAAAAUUCCAAAAAUGCCAACAAUCGAUGUCUCCAUCCCCAAAAUAGACUUGGAUGUGUCCCUACCAAAAGGAAAGUCUCCAAAGAUUGAAGGACCAGAAGUGGAGCUUAAAGGAGGUGAAGGAAAAUUCAAAAUGCCUCAAAUAACAAUGCCAUCAAUAGACGUAUCCUUUCCCAAAGGGAAGUCUGGAGAACUUCUUGGACCAGAUGUGGAGGUAGAUGGAGGAGGCAAAUUUAAAAUGCCUCAUGUCAAAAUGCCCACUGUUGACAUAACCCUACCAAAACUAAAAACUGGUAAAAUUGAUAAACCAGAUGUUGAUGUAGAAGGUGAGGGGGGCAAAUUCAGAAUCCCUGGUUUCAAAAUGACAAGUACUGACAUAUCUGGAGGAAAGACAGGGACAUUAGAGGGACCAGAUGUUGAAAUUGAAGGAAGAGGAAAAUUCAAAAUGCCUCAAAUGAAAAUGCCAGAUAUUGACAUAUCUCUGCCCAAAGGAAAGAUUGAAGGACCAGAGGUGGAGAUCAAAGGUGAAGGUGACAAAUUCAAAAUGCCAUAUCUAAAAAUGCCCUCUGUUGAUAUUUCACUGCCCCAAGGAAAGAUUGAAGGCCCAGAUGUUGAAGUAGAAGGAAGUACUGGGGGAAAAUUCAAAUUGCCUCACUGGAAAAUGCCAGAAUUUGAUGUCUCUUUGCCCAAAGGAAAAAUUGAAGGUCCUGAUCUGGAAGUUAAAGGAGAAGGUGGCAAAUUUAAGAUGCCACAUGUCAGUAUGCCUUCAGUUGAUAUAAAAGUACCCAAAGGAAUAACUGAAGGUCCAGAGGUAGACGUAGAGGGAGAUGUGGGAGGAAAAUUCAAAAUGCCCCAUAUGAAAAUGCCAGACAUUGAUAUUUCUCUGCCUAAAGGAAAGGUUGAAGGUCCAGAUGUGGAAGUUAAAGGAGAAGGUGGCAAAUUCAAGAUGCCACACAUCAGUAUGCCUUCAGUCGAUAUAAAACUACCGAAAGGAAAAAUUGAAGGUCCAGAUAUUGAAAUAGGAGAUGUAGGAGGAAAAUUCAAAAUGCCCCAAAUGAAAAUGCCAGAAUUUGACAUCUCUUUACCUAAAGGAAAAGUUGAAGGUCCUGAUGUGGAGGUCAAAGGCGAAGGUGGAAAAUUCAAGAUGCCACAUCUUGGCAUGCCCUCUGUUGACAUUUCUUUGCCCAAAGGGAAGGCUGAAGGUCCAGAUGUUGAAAUGAAGGGAGAUGCAGGAGGAAAAUUCAAAAUGCCUCAACUGAAAAUGCCAGACCCUGACAUCUCUUUACCUAAAGGAAAAGUUGAAGGUCCAGAUGUAGACAUUAAAGGAGAAGGUGGUAAAUUUAAGAUGCCGCACAUCAGUAUGCCUUCAAUUGAUAUAAAACUACCGAAAGGAAAAAUUGAAGGUCCAGAUGUUGAAGUCGGAGAUGCAGGAGGAAAAUUCAAAAUGCCUCGAAUGAAAAUGCCAGACCUUGACAUCUCUUUACCUAAGGGAAAAGUUGAAGGUCCACAUGUAGACAUUGAAGGAGAAGGUGGUAAAUGUAAGAUGCCUCACAUCAGUAUGCCUUCAAUUGAUAUUGAACUACUGAAAGGAAAAAUUGAAGGUCCAGAUGUUGAAGUAGGAGGAGAUGCAGGAGGAAAAUUCAAAAUGCCACAUAUGAAAAUGCCAGACGUAGAUAUCUCUCUUCCCAAAGGGAAAGUUGAGGGUCCAGAUGUGGAGCUUAAAGGAGAAGGUGGAAAAUUCAAGAUGCCACAUCUCAGCAUGCCCUCAGUUGAUGUAAAACUACCUAAAGGAAAAGCUGAAGGUCCAGAGGUAGACGUAGAAGGAGAUGCAGGAGGAAAAUUCAAAAUGCCUCAAAUGAAAAUGCCAGAUAUCGAUAUCUCUCUGCCAAAAGGGAAAGUUGAAGGUCCAGAUUUGGAGGUCAAAGGAGAAGGUGGAAGAUUUAAGAUGCCUCACAUCAGUAUGCCUUCAGUUGAUAUAAAACUGCCCAAAGGAAAAAUUGAAGGUCCAGAUGUUGAGUUGGAAGGAGAUGCAGGAGGAAUAUUCAAAACGCCUCAUAUGAAGAUGCCAGAUGUUGACGUAUCUCUGCCCAAAGGGAAACUUGAAGGUCCAGAUGUGGAGCUUAAAGGAGAAGGUGGAAGAUUUAAGAUUCCACAUAUCAGUUUGCCUUCAGUUGACAUAAAACUACCCAAAGGAAAAACUGAAGGUCCAGAGAUAGACAUAGAGGGAGAUGCAGGAGGAAAAUUCAAAAUGCCUCAAAUGAAAAUGCCAGACAUUGAUAUCUCUCUGCCUAAAGGAAAGGUUGAAGGUCCCGAUGUGGAAAUUCAAAGAGAAGGCGGGAAAUUUAAAAUGCCACACAUCAGUAUGCCUUCAGUUGAUAUAAAACUACCUAAAGGUAAAACUGAAGGCCCAGAUGUUGAAGUUGGAGAUGCAGGAGGAAAAUUCAAAAUGCCUCACAUGAAAAUGCCACAUGUUGACAUAUCUCUGCCUAAAGGAAAGCCUUCGGUCGAAGGUCCAGAUGUGGACAUUAAGGGAGAUGGUGGACAGUUCAAGAUGCCCAAUGUGAGCAUAUCCAUCCCUAAAGGAAAAGCAAAUAUUGAUGCACCAGCAGAGAAAAUGGAGGCAGAGGGAGGAGGCAUCAAAAUGCCACAUAUCAAGAUGCCAAAAGUAGAUAUUUCUCUUCCUAAAGGUAAAAGUAAAGAUAUUGAAGUCUCUGUUUUGGAGAUGGAAGUCACAGGUCCAGAUUUUAAACUUCCAAAGGGGGAAAUAUCAAUGCCAAAGACAGAAGGGGAACUGAAAAUGUCACAAGUCCCAUCACCAGAUCUGGACACUGGAGCACACGUUGAAGCUGAUUUGCACGUUGAGGGAGAACACAAAGGUAUGAAACUCAAGAUGCCAACAAUAGACAUCAAAGGUCCCAAAGGAGAUCUAGAACUUGACAGAGGAGAAGGCAAGAAGGACAGAAAAAAAGUCGAGCUACCUGACUUGGAUCUCAACACGUCGGGAACAACCAGCAAAAUAAAGGGGCCUAAAGUUAAAGGAACAAAAUUCAAGAUUGGCAUGCCAAAAAAGAAAGUGGGUGGAGGUGUAGCAGCAGACAGUGAAGCUGGAACCCACAAUGGACAUAAAGAUCGUGUUAACAUCUCAGGGCCAGAAAUUACGCAACCAAGCGUUAGUCUGAAAGCAGGAACAAGAGUCGAAGGUGCAGAAGUCAAAGUCCCCAGGAUACCAGACAUAGACUUUGAUAUCGGCACAUCACCAGAUGAAGACGACGAUAAAACGGAAAAAGGAAAGAAAAUCAAAAUUCCAAAGUUUGGUGUUCCUUUACCCUCCAUGUCCUCUCCUGAAGGAAGGAUGAACAUAUAUGGGCAGGAAAUCGAGUAUGAGGGCCCUAAAAUGCCCAAAGUGAAAAAGGCUGUUUUUGUUUUGGUGAAUCCUCCAGCAACAGAUGAACAGUCUCCAAGCACAAGCCUCCUAAAAGAGGAGGCAACAGCUGAAGCUGAGAUGGAGGACGUCAAGGUGAAGAUACCCAAGAUCAAAAUGAAACCAAGCUUUGGGAAGUCCAAAGAGAAAUCAGUUGCAGAAAAAGGAGGGGAGGAAGAGGAGAAGUCAAAGGGAGGAAAGCUUAAACUGCCAAAAGUAUCAUUUUCUUCAGGCAAAUCGGGUUCAUUGGAUGUUGCUCACAAGGGAGAAGGUUCAAAUUCAAGCCUGAAUGGCGAAAAAGAUGCUCACAAAGGCUCCAAGGACGACAAAGGGACAUUUGGCAGUAAAAUCAAACUUCCAAAGGUGGAGUUCACCAGCCCAUACGGCAAGAUGUCUGCGGGGGAGGAGAACCCAGGUCCUUCACCAGGAGAAAUCAGGAGAGACAUUAAAGUAAAACCAGGCAAGAUGGCCUUUGCGGGUUUCUCUGAGGAGUCUUCGAAGGAGGUGGUAUCAUCUCACGCCAGAACAGAAAUGCUGGACAGGGACAGCUCAGAGUCGCCUCCCGGUUUCCUGGAGUUCACCUCGACAAAGUUUCAGGGCUGGACCGAGAUGGAGGGCAGGGAAUCUGAAGAAAAAGAAUCUUCUUCUUCUUGGUUCAAGGUCCCGAAAAUCAGUCUGAAGCCACACUCCACAGGGUUCCUCCAGAUAACCCCUGAAGGUUCUCCUCGGGCCCAGCGGAAGGGUGAAGUCGGUGGCGAGGUCGACGUCUCGGGAUCCUUCUGCCUCCACACCUCGGCGCUCGACUUCACCUCCGAGCAAAUGUCCGAAGAGCGCCACGUCUCCUCCACCGAUGAGGGAACUGUCACCACGGUGACCAAGACCACCAGGAUCACCCGGCAACUGGUCACCACGGAGUCGGGCGAAUCUGCGACCACGACGACGACGACGACCCGCCAGGUGACGGACUUCUGAGGAUGCUGUAAUGAUACCUUAAGUGUUGUUUAAUUUUUUCUUUGUUGUUGUUUUUGUUGUUGUUGUUUAUUUUUUUGCUGAGGUUGCAGUGUUCUUGUGAGCUACGCCUGCAACAUGGCAAACCUCUAUUAAAGUAGCCCUGAAAGUCUUUAUUUUAUAUUUUACUAGUUGAGGUAUGAAUGUGAUGAAAUGACUUUUCAUCAACCAGCAUUAUUGUCAUUAUUACAGCAACAGAGUAAUAUAUACACUACCUUUUUUUCAUUUUACAUGUGACUAUUUUCUUUUUGUUACUGUUCUUUGAGUUUUGUUAGUUUAGUUUUAAUUAUUUAUCCGAUUGUGUUUGGUUUUUAAGGUUUCACUCUGAAUGUAAACGCGCCAUUUUGCUUCAUUAUUUAUUGUUGUCGGUGCGUUCAGGAUGAAUAACUCGCAUCAUGGAUUAGAUUUUAUGAUUAGUCCAAAACUAAUGAACCACCACAGCACAGGCCAGACAAAUAUUCAUGUAAAUACGACUAUAUAAUUGCUUUUCUGACGCUGAAUCCCUUCAAUCCAAUAUGUAAUUAUUUUCCUAUUCACCGGUCAGGAGUAGAAAUGGUAUUUUCUUUGACCUGAUAACCUAUUUUGUUUGUCUUGAAGGACAAGUGUGAGCUUUUUGACAUUAUAAGCUAUAUUUUCUGCCAUAGAUGCCUACUUUAGCUGGUGCUGUUUCCCAGAGAUAGUCACGGUGAGUGAGCAGGACGCUCUGGGCUCCUUUUCUGCUGUAGGGAUCGAACCUGCGACCUUCUGGUUUCAGGUUUUGCUCUCAAACAUUUAGGCCAACCUGCUGCUAAUCCAUUUUAUAUUCAUGUUUUUACUGUACACUGCCAUGGAGGGGUGCCACUGUAUAUUUUGUGAUAGCUGAGGUUCAAAACAUCGAGAGCAAAUCUGGGGGUUUAUAGAUGCUGUUGGGCUUUAAUGGAAUAAACUGCAGGAGUUGAAA